AUGCUAAUGCUUGACGGAAUGCCUGCAGUCCGAGUCAAAGCCGAGCCCCUGGAAUCGGAACGAGGGUCACCAAAAGUGCGGCCUUACACCGCCAUGGACGGGGUGCCCUUCUUCCUCAGCAGAGUAAAACCCGAGCCUCCGGAAGACCUGCUCGCCCACGACCUGCACUUCCACACGCAGACCGAGCCGGUGGACUUGUCGAUCAAUAAGUCCCGCCCAUCCUCUUCCUCAACCACCAAGUCAUCUUCCUCCCCGCUGAGAUCCGCCUUUUCGCCGUCCUCUCUUUCGUCAUCCUCUUCGUCCUCACCGUCGGUCAUCACCUCGGCCUCGUCGAUGCUCUCGCCGGGCCCUCUGGUGGCGCCCGGGAUGAGAGGCCAGCCAUAUUUGCACAUCCUGCACUCGGUGCCACCGCCGCCGUCCAGCCCGCUGGGACUGCAGAGCACAGGAAAGCUGGGCAGUCGCGUUCACCGUAUCCCGGUGGUAGUGCAGUCGUUACCGCUCAUGUACACCACGGCCGUGCGUUCGCCCUCCAGCCUCAACAACGCCAUCAUGCUACCUCUGCUGGACGAUGCCAAGAGCCAGGGCAAAGCAUACGCGGAACACAACGGCCUGUCGCCGCGUCACAUCAAGAGUGACAGUGAUGACGAUGACCUGCCAAACGUGACGCUGGACAGCGUCAAUGAGACCGGCUCCACUGCACUGUCUAUAGCCCGCGCCGUACAAGAGCUGUGCCCGUCUCCUCUCACCCUCCCGUCAAGAAAUAAGUUAAAUAAUUUGAAAAUUGCCUGUUCAAUGUCACCGUUCAGUAUUGAAAGCAUUCGGCGUCCCCGGAGGUCGGAGUCGCCGGAUUCCAAAAAGCGGAGAAUUCACCGGUGCGACUUUGAGGGCUGCAAUAAGGUUUACACCAAAAGUUCCCAUUUAAAAGCACAUCGGAGGACACAUACAGGAGAAAAGCCUUACAAAUGCACCUGGGACGGCUGCACGUGGAAGUUCGCCCGGUCCGACGAGCUGACCCGCCACUACCGGAAGCACACGGGCGUCAAACCCUUCAAGUGCGCGGACUGCGACCGCAGCUUCUCCCGCUCGGACCACUUAGCCCUGCACCGGCGCCGACACAUGCUUGUGUGA